ACUCACCGUCACGACAACUGGUUCUGCUUUACCGACAGACCGACUAUACCGUUGCCAGCUGGUUGUCCCCCGCAGACCAGAUCAGUUAUAUGCACAUUUUUUGCCUUUUGAAUAUCGCGCGUCGAUUUCGUUAAAAUACCAAAGUAACAAUACGCAAUCGAAACAAUAUACUGGUUCCACUACAGAUAUAAAAUGUAUUUUUCUUGCGAUAUUCGUCAGCACGAGCUCACGCAAAAAUGUGUAAAAGUCGAAGUUCUCGAAGAUUUGCUGCAGAGUAACGAGUUGAAAAUUCAGAAAAAGAAAACAGUACUGAAAGUAGAAAAUUCAGAGUUGGACAAACUUCACGAUAGAGUUUGGAGCCUUGAGAGUAAAAUGUGCGAUGAAGUUUGGGAUUUUUCGAGAAAGCACGACUUCGAUACGAUUGUGAACAAUUAUCCUGAUAUACCGUGGGAUUUUUCGUUCGAUUGCGACUGCGAAGGACCACGCGCCGAGAAACCAGUAGAAACUGUUGAAGAUCGCACGGAAACUCGACUACUAUUACUCGAGAUUGAAGAUCUCAAAGCAGAAUUGGAAGCACAAAGGGGCUACGGAUUAAAAGAAGAUAUGAUAAGACUCAAAAGGGAACUUCGCGAAGCCGAGGACGGAACUCCAGAAAUGCAAAAGUUGAGAAAAGAAAUAGACGAAUGCGAAGAGCGGAUCGUUAAUUUGAAAGAAUUGAACAGAGCAAAAUUCAGUUAUAAUUAUGACUUUUUCAAUGACCAUAUGCUGCCCGAAGACAAUAACGUAUCACGAUUAAGUCCUGCGUCGACCACUUGCUCAGAAAGGAUUAAAUCCUGUAUUUCCAAAACGCCAGAAGCUGGACCAAAGUCGAAUAAUAGUAAAUUCAAAAGGAGAUCGCCACAACCGAAAGCCAAAACCUCAAGUACUGGAUCGCACUUUGUCAAAGCUCGUGAUUUUAUGAGCGAUAUCGAGAAUCACACGGAAAUCGAUAAUCCAUACCAGCUGCACUUUGCAUCAGGGAGCACUACUGCAGUUACUACUAAUGAACGAAAUAAGAAGAAAUUCGUUUUCAAAGAGAAAAGUACCAUCACACGAAAACAAAAGCGUUAAUUAAGCAGGUAACCGUGUGUGUAUAGUAUAGAAGCGAGGUAGUAUGCGAAUAAGUGAACGCAAUUUUAUAAUACAUACGUAUAUUAAGAAAUAUUAUCAUACAGUUAUCUAUGUCGUCAUUUUCAUAUAAUAUACAUUGAAUUACAGUGAUUGAAUUAUAAUAUUACAUUCUGUGAAUAAUACACACAAUAUUGCGCCCUUCAGGCUAUUAUUCAACAAGUUUCACAAUAUGAGAAUAAUGUGCUAUCAAUCUUUUUUUUUUCUUAUUGACGUGUUAUCAAUUAAAUCUGUCGUUUUUACGGCACGGUUUUUUCGCUUUUCUUAAUAAAGACUGUUUAACAGUUUACAAUAAUAAAUUGCACUCGUGUAGCUAUUAUCUGAAAACUUUCUUGUAGAAAGCAAACGCUGCAUCUUUUUGUUAUUUAAUACGAAAUCACGUUGAGUGUAACAAAUGCACAUUUGUACAUACACGCGGUAGCGUAGAUAAAGUAUUUCUGUUAUUUAUUUAUUUUUUUCAUACUUUGUCAUUUUCUUAUCUAAGAUUUCAACCAACAAGAACUUUUGUCGCGGGUUUUCUGCCCUGAGGUACAUGAAGGAUUACAUUGAUUAAUUACAACUUCGUUACUCUGCCAAAUCACUAUACUGAAACAAAUUAUAUGAUCGUGAAUCCUUAAAUGUCAAUCAACUAGGGUAAUUUACGCACACUUGUUAAACCUUGUGCUGACAAUUAUCUAAUAAUACUUGUACACAAUUUAGUCAAUAAAAUUUCAAAUUUUCGAAUACUUUUUAUUUUUAUAAAUAAGCAACUGAAAUGCCGAUUGAAUAACGAAUUUUAAUCUUGUGAU